GCAAGACGUCCACGGGACCAGUUUUCGAGUGAACGUUGAAGCGCGCACACGCAACGUGCUGUGGUUCGUGCGUUGCGGUUUUUUUUGUUUCUGUCGUUUUGUUUGUUUCGUUUGUGAUUUACAAAAUAACAUUCACACCUUUUUUCCCACCACAUUUCUACUGCGAUAGUGUUUAGAAAUUGCGGAAAUUUUUUCGCACAUACCUCAACUCGCCGGAAUAGAUCUACAAAUAUCGGUCCAUCUACAGCACGACGGAACAAACAUAAAAAAUGUACGGCAGAAGCAAUCGGUUAUGUGCUAAACUGUCCAGCGCUUUUCUUCGAAAGUGGUGGUUCGUGAUAGCGUUCGCACUAAGCCUGCUCGUGCUUGGUGCUCUAGUCACAUUCGGUUUCACGGCCUUUAUCAGGACGAUCAUUGAUCAUCAGGUAGCGCUGAGGGUGGGCGGACAGUCUUUUGGCUGGUGGUCGCGGCCUCCAGUCGAGCCAAUCAUCAGAAUCUUCGUCUACAACGUCACGAAUGCCGACGAGUUCCUGAACAACGGAACCAAACCCAUUCUGGACGAGCUGGGACCAUACGUUUAUGUUCAAACAUGGGAAAAGGUCAACAUUAAAGAAAACCCGAACGGCACUAUCAGCUACAACCAGAAGCGAGUAUAUAUCUUCAACGAGGACCUGUCCGGGGGUCUGGAAGACGAUGUAGUCAUCGUACCGAACAUUCCAAUGCUGAGCGCCACGUCGCAGAGUAAACACGCUGCACGGUUUCUACGACUAGCGAUGGCGAGCAUUAUGGACAUCCUGAAGAUUAAACCGUUUGUUGAGGUGUCGGUUGGCCAAUUGCUGUGGGGCUACGAAGACCCGCUACUAAAGCUGGCGAAGGACGUUGUGCCGAAGGAGCAGAAGCUACCGUAUGAAGAGUUCGGACUGAUGUACGGCAAAAACAGCACCUCGAAGGACACUGUGACUGUUUGGACCGGUGUGGACGAUAUUAACCAGUACGGCAUCAUUGACAAGUAUAAUGGCCGAUCGCACCAAACUCACUGGCUGUCGGAACAGUGCAACCGGCUGAACGGCACGGACGGGUCGAUCUUCCCACCUCGCAUUACCAAAAACUCGACACUCCAUGUCUACGAGAAGGAUCUGUGCCGACUGUUGCCCCUAAGCUUCGAGAAGGAGGUCACCGUGCGUGGAGGAGUGAAGGGAUACCGCUUCACACCGUCCCCGGAUGUGUUUGCUUCGGUGGACAAGAACCCGAACAAUAUGUGCUACUGCCCAGCCGGGCCGCCGUGCGCACCUCAUGGAUUGUUCAAUGUAUCACUCUGCCAGUAUGACUCGCCGAUUUUGCUCAGUUUCCCGCAUUUCUACAUGGCUGACCAAACGCUACGUACCGCGGUAGAGGGUAUUUCGCCGCCCGAAAAAGACAAGCACCAGCUGUUCAUUGAUGUGCAACCGGACAUGGGCACUGCCCUGAGGGCACGGGCACGAAUCCAGAUCAACCUUGCCGUUAGCCAGGUGGUGGACAUCAAACAGGUUGCCAACUUCCCUGACAUCGUUUUCCCCAUCCUGUGGUUCGAGGAGGGUAUCGACUCGCUACCGGAUGAGAUAUUGGACCUGAUGAAGGUGGCCACGAACAUACCGCCCCGAGCGAAGUUCAUUCUGACGAUCGCACUGUUCGGGCUCGGCGGUUUCCUGUUCGUUGUUGCCGUAAUCUGUCUCGUGCGAAAGUCGCACCGGCAGAGUACACUGCAUCUGGAAGGUUCAAAUUAUCUGGCCACGGCGUCCGUCGAUCAAGCCAAGAAGAAGGCCAAAAUGGACAAUGGUAUGAGCAGCAAGAGUUUAAUUUUGCAAACUGCUCGGAAUAUACGCCCGACGAUGGAUGUGAAGCUACUGAAAACAAAUAAAGUUCCUGUUCACCUUCCUAGUCGAAGGAGGAAUUCUAACACCAAAGCCCUAUUUAUCAUCUGCUUGACUACCACUCUAUCAAUUGCGUGCUUUACGAUGGGACUGUUCUUUCAUAUCUAUAAACCAACAAAAUUAAUACUAGAUGAUCGGUUAACGAUGCGUCAGAUUAUGCCCUAUUACCGAUGGUGGAAGGAUACAGAUGAUGUUUUGGUCACGUGUCGAAUAUUCAUCUUCAAUGUAACCAACUCCGAACGUUGGUUGGGUGGGCUAGACGAUCAGCUUAAAAUGCAAGAAGUGGUUCCAAUCGUGUACCGUGAAAUACUGGAACACGACAACGUUACCUUCCACGAGCACAACUCUACCAUGUCGUACGUCACCAGAAGGCGUCUAGUGUUUUUACCCGAUCGUAAUGUUCCGGGCAUACUUAAUAAAACCAUCAUCGUGCCAAACAUUUCAUUGCUUGGUGUAGCCGCGAGGAUGGAAAACGACAACUUCUUCAUGAAGCGAGGAUUCAAUUUCAUUUACUCCAUGUCUGGGGAUACUGUAUUCAGCCGCAUGACAAUCUAUGACUACUUAUGGAACACGAGACCACCAUUCUUGGACCAGGCUAGAAAGUUUGUCCCGGGAAUGGUGCCAUCAGAUAAUGUGGGCGUUUUGAAAACGAUGUACGAGGAUCACGAGGAUCACGUAAAUGUACGGCAUGGAAAGCGGUACGGUGAUGAUCAAUUUUUCAUGAUGAACACUUACGAGUACGAACCCACGGUGCCGGGCUUCAGUCUCGCCAAGGGCGACUGUUUUGCUUCCAUUCUGAACUCCUCCGAAGGAGCUACCUAUCCACAAAACUUGGACGAACAAUCGGUGCUGAUCUACUGGCGCAAGACACUCUGCAGGGCAGUGCCACUGUACUUUGAGCGACGAGUGCAGAAAGGUCCACUAACGGGGUAUAAGUACGUGCUACCCGAUAAUUCGUACGAUCGUCUGCCAGACAGUGACGCUGACUGCUACAAAGGCCAGUUCGGAUUACUUGAGGAUGGAAUGACGGACACCUCCAAAUGUUCCCAUGAUGUUCCAAUCGUAGCUACAAGUCCACACUUUUAUGCACGCAACUUCUCCAACGCCCAUAAGAUUACAGGAAUGAUACCAGAUCGGGAAAAACAACACAGCUAUGCAAUUGUGGAUCCAUCCUUCGGAAUUCCAUUGGACCAGUGCGCCCGUACCCAAACGAAUCUUGCUAUACCAGAACUCACCGGCUACUCGGCAGACAUCAAACGGUUCAGUGACAUGAUCAUUCCAAUGUUCUGGAUUGAAUAUCAUCAACAAGAACUGCCCAUCUAUAUUAUACGUACACUGCAGGCAUUUUACGUCAUACGGGAUGUGGAACCAUACUUGCCUUACGUGUUGUACUUGUGCUUUAUGUUGCUACUGGCGGUUGCGUUCCGAGAGGCAGCACGCUACAAAAUCCAAGGAAAAAUAUCUCCAGCAAAGUAUACCAAACCUCAACUAACUAGCCUCUAGCACGCCGAAUCGUAACAGACAACCUACAGUGUCAGUAUGCCGCUUUUCACGGUCAUCAUGAGCCAUCUGAUUUGUGAUAAUUCAUUCAUUUAAAAGCAAACAAAUAAAACCUUCUAAUAUUUUA